UCUCCUCAAGGGAAGGGUCAGAGGUUCUGCUCAUCCCUCACCCUGACCACCACCUCAGUGUCUGAGCUGCCCUGGAGCCCCCAGGAGCUCUGCUCUGCACUGGGUGUGGCAGGGCCAGCCAUCUCCUUAAAAGCAAACCCGGGGAGAGAGAGCUGUAGGAAUCUUACAGAGUCUGACCAGUUCACUCCUGUUGGAAGGUAUUGUUGCCCUAGGCGAGGCUGCUGGGUUUAAAGAGCUGGAACCCACUAAGCUGAACACAGCCCCAGCGGCCUCCUCAGACCUGUUCUGCACACCCUGCCCUCAGGUGAGCUCAGGAGAACUGGCUCUCAGCCCUGCCCUGCAGCUGUGACAUGGAGGGAGUGACCUGGGGCCUUCUCCUUGUGCUGGCAGGCCUGCCUGCCUUGGAAGCCAACGACCUGAUUGAUAAAGACAGUUCCUUCUCUUAUGACUGGGAGGCCCUGCAGCUGGGCGGGAUGAUCUGCGCUGCGCUCCUGUGCAUCGCUGGAAUCUUGUUCGCCCUGAGUGGCAAGUGCAAAUGCAAGCACAAUCGCAAGCACAGCCCCUUAUCUGAGAAAGCUGUUCCAUUCAUCACUCCAGGCUCUGCCAGUACCUGCUGAGCGCAGGACCAGCUUCGUGGGACCACCAGGGCCAGCUCCCAUGCUGUUCCCUCCCCACUUGGGGGGGCCUUGGGCUGCUUCUGAUCAGGAGGCUACUCAAAGCUUAUUUCCAAAUUAAACUGGUCUCACUCCU